AUGGGUUCUGUUCCUGCCGAGAUUUCUCUGACCGGCAGCGGUCGCCUCCAGGGCAAGAAUGCCGUCAUCACCGGUGCUGCUGGUGGCAUCGGUCUUGAGACUAGCAUUCUCUUUGCUCGCGAGGGCGCCAAUGUUCUCAUGGCCGAUAUUUCUGCGCCUGCCCUCGAGAAGGCUAAGGCCAAGGUUCUCGCCCUGAUCCCAUCGGCCAAGGUCGACACAAAGCUGUGCGAUGUAUCUAAGGAGGACCAGGUUCAGGCCCUCGUGGAGGCUCUCGACCCCGCCGGCGGUCUCGACGUCAUCUUCAACAAUGCCGGCAUCAUGCACGCCCGCGACGACGAUGCCAUCUCGACGCCCGAGGAGAUCUGGGACCUCACUCACAACAUCAACGUCAAGGGCGUCUGGUACGGCUCCAAGCACGCCGUCCUCGCCCUGCGCCGCCACAAGAAGACCAAGGGCUCCAUCAUUAACACGGCCUCGGUCGUCGCUCUCGUCGGCGCCGCCACGCCCCAGCUCGCCUACACAGCCUCCAAGGGCGCCGUCCUCGCCCUGACGCGCGAGCUCGCCAUCGUCCACGCCCGCGAGGGCUUCCGCUUCAACUCGCUCUGCCCCGCGCCCCUCAACACCCCGCUGCUCCAGGACUGGCUCGGCGACGACCAGGCCAAGCGCCAGCGCCGCGAGAUUCACUUCCCCACCGGCCGCUUCGGCGAGGCCGUCGAGCAGGCCCAGGCCGUCCUCUUCCUCGCUAGCGACGAGGCUAGCUUUGUCAACGGCCACGACAUGGUCGUCGACGGCGGCAUGACCAAGGCCUACGUCACCCCCGAGGGCCCCGCCUCGGCGGCUCCCGUCAACUACGCGAGCCUCGCCUCGGGUCAGUAGGGCAUGUCCUUGUCGGGCGGGUUGAUACUCAAACCCCCUUGAUGGACGAAUUGGAUGAUGCAUGGCAAUUAAACGAAAUUGUAACGCAAGUUUGUGAUCAGAACGAAGGGAAGCACACAAUGAUUGUUUUGAAAAUGAGCGUGCUUCGGCGUUGGGAAUCGGGGUUGGCUGGCGUUGGCAAAGAGACGACGCGCGCGAUACAGGAUGGAGUCUCCGUCGUUCAGAGGGUAUACCUUGUGGGCUCUUUUCUGGCAUUAUUUCUUUAUGAUUUACUACAGCAUGACCGACAGACAAGACAGACUGAACAGUCGCUUUCACACCCA